GUAAUCUCCAGAGUAACUUCGCAAUCGCCACGGUAUUCCAUGAGGAGACUCCUGACAUCGUAAAGCAUUCGCUUAUCGUGCUCAGGCUCGCCUUCGAUGAUUCGGAGCAGGAGGCGAUGGAUUUCAUCAGCCUGCGCCGAUGAAUUGGCGUUGGAUGAAUUGGCGUUCUCGCGCCGUUGCCGUUCUGUCUGGCAUGCCCGUUCGUCCCUUGUGCUGGCCCGCUGACGGGCGACUG